AAGUGAUAUUUUUGUGGUUUCGUUGUGUAUAUAAAUUGUUCUACUGCUAUGCAUAACGCCUAGGCUUCCACUUCAGUCCAGUGACUCAAAGAAUGUUAUUCGAUGAUAAUAUUUAACAUAAACACAACCCGGUAUUUUUGUAAACAUGACGGUAGUAGUUUUAGACGCGUAGCACCGACAGAUAAAGAUAUCUACAGUAUACGUGCUACGGUAGGAAAAUCUGACGAAGAAGCACAGAUAGUCAGAACCGGUAUUCAAAUACGAGCCGGUAUUCAAUACAACGCAAGGCAAAGAACACAAAAUAUCUCUCUCAUACAAUCUAGCGCGUUCACAACCAAAAGACACAGCAACUGUAUCGGUCACGUGGUUUACCGUAAAGUGAUACGCGCACCGAAACGGGGUUUGUUUCGUUUGCUCGGCGCAGGUGCCGAUGUUUCUGUGUCGUCUGGCCCAUCACUACUAAAAACUUUGAACCCUUUAGCGAAAAUGCCUAUCACAUUAUAGCGGUAAGGUUAACGUAGGACUCUGACGUUAACCUUAUCAUCAGAUAAGGCGUAUGUAUGUGGUAGAGUAGUCUGGCUGCCUGACCACAGGGUCAUUGGCUCAAGCUGGUUAACAACAUGACUGCGUUAAAGUUUUGUGCGAAUAUUUCCUGGCUGUUUACUGAGCAUACAGACUUCAGCAAGAGAAUCUAUGCGGCUGCUUCUGUCGGGUUUCAAGCCGUGGAAGCAGCUUGGCUUUACGAUUCGGACCUGUCAGAGCUCCAGAAAGCCAAGGAGGCAACUAGAGUGGAAGUCGUCCUUAUCAACACGCCACCAGGGGAUAUCAAGGCAGGUGAUCUUGGUUUGGGAGCAGUUCCAGGGAGAGAGCUGGAGUUUAGAGAAGGGUUGGAUCUUACUCUGAAGUAUGCAAAAGCUUUGAACUGCAAGAGAAUUCACCUAAUGGCAGGAAGGAUUCCAGUGGAUGCUCACAGAGCAGCAGUUGCAAGAGAAAUGGAGGAUGUCUUUGUGCAGAACCUAAACUAUGCAGCUGAUGUCUUGGCCAAGGAAGGAAUCACUGGAUUGAUUGAGCCAAUCAACACAAGAAUUACAGACCCUCGCUACUUUCUGGACUCCCCUCAUCAAGCUGCAGCAAUACUGGGGAAGGUUGGCAAGCCCAACAUCCAGCUACAGAUGGACAUAUUUCACUGGCAAAUUAUGGAUGGAAAUCUGACAAAAAACAUGCACAAAUAUUUUCCCAUAAUAGGCCAUGUUCAGAUUGCACAGGUUCCAGGCAGGAAUGAACCUGACAGCGAUGGAGAGUUGUGUUACAGAUACUUGUUAAACACACUGGAGAAGCUUGGUUAUCAAGGAUACAUUGGCUGUGAAUACAAGCCACUUGACUCCACAGAAAAGAGUCUGGGGUGGAUCCAACAAUACUGGGCCCAAUAUUCUUGAACUUUUCUGAAAGUUCAGUGGCCUUUUAUUUUUCCUUAAAGCUGUAGUAUGUAACUUCAGAAAAAAAAGUUUUUAAUAUAUUUUUUAUAGUCUUGUGAUGGUGACUGCUAGAGAUAGGCACCAGCGCACCUCCCGACCCCACCAGUGAUAAGUGUGUAUGAUAAUGGAUGGGUAAUUAUUACUCAUUUGUUAUACAUGAGCUUGAUUGACAACGAUAAGACUACUAGUGGCUCUGAUCGGUUGUUAUUGACCAAGAGCUGUGCUUUUCUGCAAAUGGGAGUAGCAGCGCUAGGAAAUGGUGGAGGUGCUCAAUCUUUUCACAGACUAUGAUCAUCAGGUUACCUGUCUCAAACCGUCAUGAUACUGUAACAGUUUGAACAACAAAUAAACAUAUUUUAGCUAAAGUUACAUACUGCAGCUUUUAAGUGUUCUUUAUGAAAACCUUCUGGAGCCUUCCAGUGCAGCGGAGGGCCAAACUCCUGCAACAUGAGGAUCACAUUCUACAUUCUGCUACAGAUCUAGUGAAUAUAUGAUCAUUUCUAUUUUUACUGCAUAUCAAGAUAAUACUUGGGUGUUAUUUUGACACAUUUAGCCCCUUGUAAAAAUGUAUUUGAUCUUCCCUCCUUAUUUUGCUAACAUGUAAUUAUUUCUUUUUUAAAUAAAAGAUUCACACGUAUGUGUAAACAAUCAAUUUGGACAAAUUUGGGGAUGUAAUCAACCUUGGAAUGUUUAUUUUGUAUCUUGGUCAUUUUUCUGCCUAAAAUCCUGAUCUGCUUGAUCUGACAAGCAGAUUUUAAAAAAGAUAAGUGGAAAAAGUGGAUAAAGCACAGAAACAUCAGCAACUCAAUUGGUCAACCAAAUGUUGAUGCUAAUGUUGACGUUACUGAUGUAGUAAUGAUGGCUGAAGAAACCACCAUCCUUCAGGUCCAUGAACCCUGAGGGACCUGAAGGAAAUAAUGAUUCUGACAUUUAUGGUGGUUUUUUUUAUUCUCUGUCUGUUUUUCUAGUGAUCAUAAAUGGUAAGACAAUUCCAUGUAUAAAAUAAUUGAAAAGCACAUAAUUAAAGAAUAAAAGUAUUGUAACUGAGUAACUCAAUAGUACAGGUCAAAAGGCAUGUUUUAACAUUUUCUCUUACAGAAGGGAGCAACUAGGAUUACACAUAGUUAAAUUAAUGAAUCUUAAUAAAUUUUUAUUUUACAGAAAUAUACAGUAUUUGUAUGUAACCAAACUGUGGCUAAAGUUAUGUGAUUCCUUAUAUGUUGGAUCAGACAUGCUAGUGAUUAAAUAUUUAAAAAGUUUUAAUUAAAUGAGUUGUGAUUUUUGACAAUGAUUCUGAAGAGAAUAUGAAGUACAUAACCUGUGAAGUAUGAUGGGGUGUUGAGUAACCUGAGAACGCGUGAGAUCAUUCCAUAUUUUAAUGCAGAGAUUAUUGACUAAUGAUGGCUACAUUGAGAUAAUUCAAACUCAUCUGAAAGCCUGGAAUUGAAGCCUGUGUUAAACUGAUGAACUAAUUGUUCUUUUACAGAAGUAGUCAAUAACUACUGAAGAAUAAGAUGAUUAAGAAUGUGCAAUGAUUUUCAUGUAUCUGUAAUAAUGCUGCAUUAUUGAGAAUUGAUGAUUGAGAAUUAAUUAUGAACAGAUUAGGAAAAGGUUUGACUGGGUAAGCAGAGGCCUCACGGUCUGCAUGUUGAAUUGUGUCCGAAAUGGACAAAAGUUUUCAAACCCAAGAAGUAACUUCUUUGGGCUGUAAAGCUGAAAUGGAUAAUGCAUUAAAAGCUGACCAUUAAA